UUGAUUAUGCACCAUUUGCAUAAGCAAAGAAAAUAUCACUCUCAGUCUAGUCAGUACUCUUCAUCGUUGAAGACAAGAGUAGCUACCAUGACCGGAGGAGGUUUCACCGGCGGCAACGACAAAGAAUUCGAAGCAAAGAUAACUCCUAUCAUCAUCAUUUCAUGCAUAAUGGCUGCUACCGGAGGUCUUAUGUUUGGAUACGACGUUGGAGUUUCAGGUGGUGUGGUAUCAAUGCGAGCAUUUUUAGAGAAGUUUUUUCCAAAAGUGUUGAGGGGGGAAGAAUUAGGAUCAGAAAGUAACUAUUGCAAAUACGACAACCAAGGACUACAACUAUUCACAUCGUCAUUGUACUUGGCGGGUUUAAGUGUAACAUUCUUGGCAUCUUAUACAACAAGAAUAUUAGGAAGAAGACUCACUAUGUUGAUUGCUGGCUUCUUCUUCAUUGGUGGUGUUGCUUUUAAUGCAGCUGCUCAAAACCUUCCCAUGCUCAUCUUUGGUAGAAUCUUACUUGGUUGUGGAAUUGGUUUUGCCAACCAGGCAGUGCCAGUUUUCCUUUCAGAGAUUGCACCUUCUAGAAUACGUGGAGCAUUGAAUAUACUUUUUCAGCUUGAUAUUACCCUUGGUAUUCUAUUUGCUAACCUUGUCAACUAUUUCACCAACAAAAUCAAUGGUGGAUGGGGUUGGAGGGUAUCUCUAGGAAUGGGUGGCAUACCAGCAUUACUCCUCACAUUAGGAGCUUACUUAGUAGUGGACACCCCAAAUAGUCUCAUUCAACGUGGUCACUUGGAACAAGGAAAAAUUGUUCUUACAAAGAUUCGUGGCACUGACAAUGUUGAUCCUGAGUUCUUUGAGCUUGUUGAGGCUACUCGUGUUGCUAAACAGGUGAAACAUCCCUUCAGGAAUAUCCUCAGGCGCAAUAACCGACCUCAACUCGUCAUUGCCAUUGCGCUUCAGGUUUUUCAGCAAUUCACUGGUAUCAAUGCAAUAAUGUUCUAUGCUCCAGUUCUGUUCAACACAUUGGGAUUCAAGCAUGAUACUGCACUUUACUCUGCUGUGAUUACUGGUGCUAUCAAUGUUGUCUCCACUAUAGUCUCAAUCUAUUCGGUCGAUAAACUUGGGCGACGAGGGCUAUUAUUGGAAGCUGGUGUUCAAAUGUUCUUGUCUCAAAUGGUGAUAGCAAUUGUACUAGGAAUUAAAGUGAAGGAUCAUUCUGAAGAACUUUCAAAAGGGUAUGCAGCACUUGUGGUUGUAAUGGUGUGCAUUUUUGUGUCUGCAUUUGCGUGGUCUUGGGGUCCGCUCGGUUGGCUAAUUCCGAGUGAGAUAUUUCCAUUGGAGACUCGUUCUGCAGGACAAAGUGUAACAGUUUGUGUCAACUUUCUCUUCACUUUUGUCAUUGCACAAGCUUUUCUUUCAAUGUUGUGCAAUUUCAAAUUUGGUAUCUUCUUUUUCUUCUCUGGUUGGAUCUUGAUCAUGUCUGCUUUUGUCCUUUUCCUUGUCCCCGAGACGAAGAAUGUCCCUAUUGAAGAGAUGACAGAGAGAGUGUGGAAGCAGCAUUGGUUGUGGAAGAGGUUUGUUGAAGAUGAGAAAGUAGAGGAUGGAAAUGACCCUAGCAGAAAUGAGAAUGUUAAUUAGAAGAAUUUCUGGCUUAUAGUCUGUUUUGUCAAAUAAGUAUAUUUUAGACUCUAUUGAAGUACUUGCUAAGAUUCUGGUGUCAUUCUCAUUAUGUUCAGUAGCUUCUGUCUUGUAAUAUUGUAAAAUAAUGCAUGUAAGUUAUAUUACUAAGUUUUUAUAUUCUCUCCUUUCUUGUGUUGAAUUGUCUUUAGAAGACUAAAUGAAUUACUUCUGUUUAAUUA